AUGGCAACUCCAAAAUCAAAAGGCGGUUCAUGUUGUGCAGUUGCCUCAUGCAAAAAUUAUUCAGGCAAAGCCAACAAUACUGGUAGAACCGAUAUGACUUUUCACAGGUUUCCAAAGGAUGAUUUGCUUCUUAAAGAAGAUGAUUAUGUUAGAGAUUUAAAAUCUGAACUGUCGGGGUAUGCUCCAAGAGUCAAAUUUUUAAAGACUAAUGUUACACCUUCACUUAAUUUACCUGAUGGUCAUGACAAGUGUGUUUCAGAAUCUGGUAUUCAGCUUCAAAAACGAAAAGAAACUAAAUUAUUUAGACAGGUGCAUGAUGAGAUUAUCACUUUGGCUCUAAAUGGUAAUGUACCAUCUUCUUCUACUCAACAUUCAGAAUUUGACCUAGAGCCAACUCAAUCAUUGGGCUUGUCACAAUCUCAAGAUUAUGAACAUCUGUACAAUAAACUACUUCUAGAACACGAACAACUGUUGACCAUUACAAAAUCUGGAGUCGACUACAAAAAAAUCAACCAAAAUCUACUGUUUCAAGUCAGGGAUUUAGAGAAAAAUUUAAAAGUGACAAAUUUACUUUUAAAAAAUACAGAAAAAAAAAAACAACGUGUUCACUGGUCAAUAGAUGAAAUUUCGAAGGCAUUUUCACUUAGAUAUUUUAGUAAACGUGCCUAUGUAAUGUCAAUGAUGUACUGA